AUGACAGUAGUCGAAGACAUCCGUGAACAACUCAAUCAGCUGGGACUGGACACCCGCGGAAACAAGUCCGCAUUAAAGAAACGCCUCCGGAAACAUCUCAAGAAGGACGCCAAAACCAGCUUCACCAAAGAUAGCAACAGCAGCGACGACGACAAUGAUGAGGAUGAGGAAGGUACAACUUCAAAACCACAAAAACCCUUGGACGAGAAAAAGCAGCAACAAAAACCCUCGGACGAGAAGAAACAGCCACAAAAGCAGCAAGAGCUGGAGCAGGACGUUGGUCAAAGUCAGAAGAAGCUGCACAAGAACAGUCGAUACGACUAUUAUCUCUGCUUCGAUGUCGAGGCGACCUGUGAGCUUGGGUUCCGAUUCGAGUUCCCGAGCGAGGUGAUCGAGUUCCCUAUCGUGCUUCUUGACGGAUCCACUCUUGAAAUCGUGGACGAAUUCCACUCCUAUGUCCGGCCCAUACACAGACCGAUCCUCAGCGACUUUUGUAAAGAGUUGACAGGAAUCAGCCAGGAAACGGUCGAUAACGCGCCAACAUUCGUGGAGGUCCUCGCCCGUUUCGAAGACUGGCUCACAUCUCACGGAAUCAUCCUCUCCGACAACGACACCACUGCAUCAACCACAAUCACAGCUCAACCCCUCGGCAAAAAGGUCAAAUCCAAAAAGUCCAAAAACAACUCUGGUAGAGGAGGCAGCAACAAUGGAAGCCCUUCUAACCUACAAGUCGCCAAUGCCGUCAACGACUUCAAAUACGGGGCCACAUACUCUUUUGUCACCGACGGACCGUUCGACAUCCGUGACUUUAUUAGCAAACAAUGUCUUCACUCCAACAUCCUCCGCCCUUCGUAUUUCGCCCACCCUUACAUCGACGUCCGCACAAUGUUCCGAGACUACUUUGACUUGAUCCAGUGGAAGAACCUCGAACGCAUGUUGGGCUUUUUGGGCGAAACCUUUGAGGGCCGUCAACAUAGCGGGAUCUGUGACGCACGGAUGGUCGCCCUAAUCGCCAAGCGGCUCGCCCAGGGGUUCCGCAAGGACCAAAACGACCCCAUCUUCCAGGAAGAGAACACAGAACUGGUGGCGCCGCAGUGGAGUGGUGAAAAGAUUGCAAAGUUCAAGGAAGGAUGUGUGUUGAAGGCCAACCGAUCGACAAACAACACGUUUAUCAAGAUGAUCUCCUUCAAGAAGGUUGCUCAGAUCGAGGCUUUGCCGGCUGCAGUCGCCGCUGGAAAGGUCGCCCCGCCAAUCCUCCCUAAACCACCCACCGGUUCUCAAGUGAAAAAAGACGCCGACGACGACAAAGGGCCGGACAAUGUGCCAGCGGUGAAAGCAUUCUCGCUGCCAUCACCCGAAGAGUCUGCGCCAACAUCUCCAAUUGUAGAGACCUUUGUAUCAGAAUCAAAGUUCUCUGCUCUCUCGUUGAGCUCCGAAUAA